AUGGCGCAGAUAGCAGACCGCGACGCAAAGCUCGAUGCGCCCAGCGACUUCAGCCUUUCAAAGGCCACGGUUGAUGAUUUACCUCGCAUCGCCCAAGGAUUCUACACAGCUUUUCCGAGCAGUUUCUGGGACAGGAAGGAGCCAGUCGAACUCCGUCCCUCGGAAGCAGUGCGACACGAGCGGUUCAUACGACGAAUCCGCCCCUCUUUCUCACAUCCGCGCUGCCACUGGUUGAUCGUGCGACACAACCCUUCAGAUGCGAUCAUUGGUUGCGCAGUGUGGGUAGCUCCAGGGAAUCCAGUCCACGAAUUCUUCCGCAGAGACGCUGUAGAGUUUUAUGGUUGGAGAGACCAGUUCGACUGCUCAGAUGAGGACCUUGAAGAGCUGUGGUCGCAUGUAGAUGAUGAAGCGUGGAACGGACACUUUGCGCAAACCGAUGCCGUGCGUAAAGAAGCGCUCGGUGACGAGCCGCACUGGUUCCUAGCGUCUUUGUACACUCUUCCAGAAUGGCAGGGUAAAGGGGUCGGGAAAAUGUUGUUGAACUGGGGCAUCAGCCAGGCGGAUGCUACCGACCCUGUCACGCCAAUGUAUCUGGAGACUUCAGCAGCUGGACGGCCUGUGUAUCUGCGCUAUGGUUUUGUCCCUCUCGGCGAAUCUAACAUGCUAAGGCGAGGACCGGUGAUGGUGAUGGAUAACGAGCCGGGAGCAGGCACUGAUGGUGCGACAGCUGUCACAAGCGUGUAG